AUGAGAGAGAUGAGGAAGUCCAGUCUGAUACUGGUUGCAGACAUUCUUUUUCUUUCUGUCAUAUAUCAAACAAAAUCAUUUUCGCUUCUGACAGGAAAUGACUCCAAUGGCAUUGGAAAUCUUGGAAAUACUUCAUCACCAAGAGAGGCCGAUAUUUUACGACAAAUAGUAAACCAGGAAAGCCUUGUACGGAUGUCAAUGGUACAAAGUCUGCAAGCUCUGAUGGUGGACAUGUUAACAUGCAAAAACAACUAUGAAACGUUGAAAAAAGAAUUUGAAGACAUUCGGAAAGAAAACCAAGAGAUAAUCAAAAAGAACUCUGACCUGGACCAGAAAAUAACGAACUUAAGCAAGACUGUCAACCUGGAUCGAUUUUCUUUGGAAAAUUUUGAGAAUGGACAGCAAAGUAUCAUGCAGCAAUUAAGUGUGGUCAAGGAAAAUCAUCGAGAAUUAGCAGGGAAAGUAAACAACACAUUGGGGUCUGUUAAUGAAGAUCUUUUAAUUGCAAGUAAUCAUGGGGUUGCAUUUUCGGCAUUCAUGAGUGCAGCAAAAAACUACGGACAAGACCAGACAUGGAUUUUUGAUACCGUUUUGGUCAAUGAAGGCAAUCACUUCAAUAGGGCAAGUGGAACAUUUACGUCGCCGUCUACUGGUACCUAUGUUUUUUCGUGGGCAACACUUACAAACCCAGGAAACGCAGCACAUCCCUAUCUACGCGUUAACGGUGUAUACAAGGGCAAGACAGCAUUUAAUCAGCAAAGUUCGAAAGAACAACUCUGGAGCAGUGGUUCAAACUCUAUCGUUCUUUCCUUAAAAGAAGGGGAUCGAGUUAACAUUGCAUCAGGAUAUCUUGGAGCGUAUGCAAGGGAAGAAUUCUCCUCUUUCUCGGGAUGGCAACUGUUUUGA